AUGGCUUCGACACAGACAUACAUCGAGACGCCAUUGGUGGUCGACGAUGAUGCUGGUGUCACUGCCUCGAUGGCUCUGUCUAGCCUGGGAGAAAGUCUGCGCUCAGCAUAUCCUUACAUGCGCACAGAAGCGCUCAACAACAUCGUCGAUCACAUGAAGAGCGAGCUCGUAUCCAAGAUCACAGAGCAACAGCCGAGGAUGGCUGCGUCUCGGGCUCGCAUUUGCUUUACCGACCUUCCAGCAGAGAUCAGAAACAACAUCUACGAGCUCGUAGUGAUCCCGCAGGCCGGACAUACCCUGCUUGAGAUUCGCACCCCGAGGGACGCCACAUUGAGUCCUCGCACGUAUGCGAAGAUACCGACACUUCUCGCCACUAGCCGUCAAGUCCGCAAUGAUGCGUCACCAAUCUACUACGGUAAUAACGGCUUCAUUGCGACCUUCCCAUAUAGUGCCACUCAGAGUUAG